UUCCGCGUCCAGCCCCGGUGAAAUCAGUCCUUGACUGCAGGAGAGAGGCCAUGGCAGCCGUGUUUCUGCCGGGCAAUCUCCAGGAUGAAGCCACUUGCUCCGUCUGCCUGGAGUUCUUCAAAGACCCCGUGUCCAUCGAGUGCGGGCACAACUUCUGCCGGGCGUGCAUCAUCAAGAGUUGGAAGGAUCUAGAGAUGGAUUUCCCCUGCCCGCAGUGCCGAGAGGUCUUCCAACAGAAGAGCUUCAGACCCAACCGGCAGUUGGCCAACAUGUCCGAGAUCAUCAGCCAAUUCACCCUCCGCGGGGCCAAGGGUGCCGAGGAGGACGGGCUCUGCGUGAAGCACCGGGAAGCCCUGAAACUCUACUGCAAGGACGACCGGAGAACCAUCUGCGUGGUGUGCGACAGGUCCCGGGAGCACCGCCCGCAUGCCGUGGUACCCAUCGACGAGGCGUCGGAAGAGUACAAGGACAAAAUCCAGGGACGUUUGGAUUUCCUGAAAAAGGAGAGGCAAGAGCUGCUGGAGUUUAAAGUGAACGAUGAUAAGAAAACUCAGGAGCUCUUGAAAACCAUCGAGAACGAGCGGCAGAAGCUGCUCUUGGAGUUUGAGAGGCUGCGGCAGUUCCUGCACGACCAGGAGCACAUCCUCCUGGGGCAGCUGGAGAAGAUGGAGAAGAACAUCGCCAAGAGGCAGAACGAGAACAUCACCGACCUCUCCAAGGAGAUCACGCUCCUCAACAAGCUCAUCACGGAGCUGGAGGAGAAAAUCCAGCAGCCCAUGCUCGAGUUCCUCAAGGAUGUGAUGAACAUCAUAAGCAGAAGUGACGACGUGAAGUGCCAGAAGCCUGUGCCCGUGUGCACGGAUAUGAAAAUGCACAUCUGCAAUUUCUCCCUCAAGACCGUCGUCCUUGAGAAAGUCUUAAAGAAAUUCAGAGAAAACCUGCGAGAUGAACUGGGAAGAGGUGAAAAAGAGGACCUCACCCUGGACCCCGAUUCGGCAAACCACCUCCUCAUCCUCUCUGCAGACCUCAAGAGCGUGAGGAUGGGCUGUAGGAAACAGGAGCUGCCCGACAACCCCAAGAGAUUCGACACGAACUCGCGGGUGCUGGCUACCACGGGCUUCAAGUCGGGAAGACAUUACUGGGAAGUGGAGGUGGGGGCCUCGGACGGUUGGGCCUUCGGGGUGGCCAAGGAGUCCGUCAGGAGGAAAGGUCUGACACAGUUUUCGCCUGAAGAAGGGAUCUGGGCAGUGCAGCAAAACGGAGGUCGCUACUGGGCGGUCACCUCGCCCCAACGCACCCCGCUGUGCCUCAGCCAAAAACUCAGUAAGGUCAGGGUGUACCUGGAUUACGAAGGGGAAGAAGUCUCCUUCUACAACGCUGACAACAUGCAGCACAUCUUCACCUUCAACGUCGCCUUCCAGGAGAAGGUGUUCCCUCUCUUUUCGGUUUGUUCCACCGUCACCUACAUCAAACUGUGCCCCUGAGAUUUCUGAGGGGCUUCGCUGAGGACCUGUCUCCAUGGUCUUUACUGGAUGGUGCUUGGACAUGAGUGAUGAGCACAAGAGACCACCCAGUCAACCACGCAGCCUGGUUCGUUGGUACGUAGGAAGGCAGAUAGCUGAUAGAUGGGUAGCCAUGUAGUCAGGGAAAAAUAUCACAAGGAGGGUCUUUAGACCAGCUUAAACCAGAGAACAGCUAUCGAAAUCAUCAGCAAUCCCCGGAAGGUUGUGGUCACCAUCUUAAACCCAUCUCUGAACCUCUUCAGUGAGAAGGAAACCACUGGUAGUUGGUUUGUGGCUCCAAGUUUGAUAACGGAUGGGUGGUUUUCUUUUCUUGUGUGGGUCUAAGGAUCGAUAUUAGAGCUGAUGGGAAGUUUUGGAGUGGACCCUCCACCCCUUUAAAAGCCUCAAGGACUUCGAAAUGAAAUGUUUAUUGGGUAAAUGUCCUGUGGGAAAGGUGGAGAGAGCAACACCGAGCAGGACACUCUGGGCACCCGUUCAAAGCUGGAAUAGGCAAAGCUCCUUUCUAGUUGAUCAAAUAAAAUCAAAUUGGAAAGUUUUGCUCCUCCUGAAGGGAAUCUAACAGGAAUUUUCCAUUGUUGUGUUACGCUGCUGUUCCCAUCAAACUGUAGUCACCACCUCUGUGCCAAAAUUAGGAAUCCUGCCCAGGUGCCUUCACUCCUACAAGAUUUAGGAGGAGGUAAUUAGGUUUAUGAAUUGCUCCUGGGGAGGGGUUGGAUUUCAGUGAGAGGGGAUGCUCACACCCUUGUUCUGGGCUGUGUGAAUUGUUAUAAGAGGCUCAGCUGGAGUUUCUGGCUUUUUUUCCUCUCUUGCUCCUGCUGGGAAGCAAAGUUUCUAGUGAAGGAUGGGUGCCUGGUUAUUUAUUCCAGUUGGUGCCCCUCAAAUCUGGGCUGGGAAUUGUACUCCAAGGGCUACUUUUGUGACGUUGAGAUGGUGGCCCGAGCUGCCCUAGAUGGUCUAAACCACGUGGCCACCAAGAUCUGACCCGUCUUGGGGUUGAAGAGGUGCUGUGGGCUUUUGGUUGCCCUCUCCAUCAGCUUCUGUAAGUGUUCUGUCCUUCGCUUCUCUGUCCGUGGAUCCUUGGGGUUUUGGGUUAGUUUUUUUUUCUCGUUUCUUUUUUUUGUUAUUGUUUUUUUUUUUUGUUGUUGUUGUUGUUGGUUUUUUUUGUUUGUUUGUUUGUUUGUUUUUUUUUCUGUGAAGCAACAAAUAUUAAUGUUGCUCAGGUGUGUUCCACUGGAUGGGAGGAAGAUGCAUGUUUCUGAACUUUGGUGCUCCUGUGUAACUCCUCCUGAGGUCUCCUCUGGGUAGAAGAUGUUUUCAAAAUAACCCCUCAAAGUUAUUCUGCUUUGCCCUUAAUAACGUAGACUUUGGGUGCCGAAUCUUGUAUUUCCUCAGGCUCUCUUUACUGUUCUGUUCUCAGCAAAAUCACCCGUUUACCUUCGUGUUCUGUUUCCUUUUUCUGGAAAUCCUCAUUCUUUGCCAAGACAGCAAACGUUUAAGAUGCGGCUUGCUUUGUUCACUGUUGCUUUUGCCAAAACAAAGCAGCUUUUUAAAAAAUAAUAAGCAUAUGAUUGUCUGAAGUGAUGAAAAAUAAGGUUUCUGGUUUUGGGGCAUUGUUGGUUGGCUUUUUAACCUUUUCUAGAAAACAUGUUAAUUCUUUUUAGGAAAUACAGAGUUGGGAUCGGGGGGAAAUUUUUUUUUUUUAAUCAAGAACAUUUCAUGACUGGUUCUAAACUGAGAAAAAGUUGUUUCUGUGCAUAGUUGAUCUUCAUAUGUGUUCAAACCUACUGGCAAAACCCUGAUCAACUCCAAUGCCAAUAAUCCGUUGGUUGAACAAGCGCAUUUCCUGCGAAGAUAAAAGGAGCUGGUGAUGACAUGAACAUCUCCAUUUUCAGCUGGUGGGUUGUUUCCUACCCUAAGAGUCUAAUUUUUUUUUUUUUUUUUCAAAUGAGUUUGGCUUUAAAUCUACGUUAUUUAAAGCUGCAGCAACCCUUAUAAAGGUCAAGCUGUGAACAGGUGAGCAAAAUGCCCGAAUUUUCUAGGCUCCAUCCGCUGCUGAAGCUAUAUCACUGUAGAAAGUAUGUAAAUAAAUAAAAAUUCCUAGAAUAAGAA